AUGUCCUCAAGAACAGCGUCGUCUAGUCCGCCUGGCCCAAGCCCUCCGCUGAGGCUGGGGCCAGACAUGAGACCAGUGGAAAGACCAGAAGCUCAAAGGGCCAGCCAGUCAGAAGACUAUGGCCAUCACAAUGGGGGAAACUCAAGAACAAGAGUAUUUUCUGUUCGCCCAGGGUCAGAACGCAAAAGGCGGUUGACCAGCACUGGUGAGGAUGUGCGAUCCCAAGAAUGGGGACGCUCUGGUGGUGCGGUUGGAUCGGUACGAGAUAAUGGGGAAAGGGUUCGAAGUAGCCUACCUCACAGAUCUGUUUCGAUGGUGAUUCCGUCUUCUCGCACCCGAACUUCUUUUUCCGCAACACCCGGUUCAUCGAUCGCAACCGCCAUUGACAUCACCUCCUCUCCCUCUCCCACCGACUCUCGCUCCCUGUCCGGUGAACUGCCGCGUCGACCUCGUCGUGAUAAUCUUCCAUCUCGUAUCAGCCAACCGCGCACCGUCUCUUCUCACCACGCUGACCACUCACCGCCUCUGAUGGAACUGUCACUUCCCCCAUGGCAGCCCGAUGCAGAGGUUUCCGAAUGUCCGAUUUGCAAGACGGUGUUCAGUUUCUGGUAUAGAAAGCAUCAUUGUCGAAAAUGUGGUAGAGUAGUAUGCGCCGCAUGUUCCCCGCAUCGCAUCACGAUCCCCAGGCAAUUUAUUGUUCGCCCUCGUGACGAGCUCGGCGUGGAGACAUCCCCAACUCCUCCAUCCCAUUCAUCCCAUUCAUCUACUCGUUUCCCUACGGUUGUUGAUCUCACCGGCGAAGAUCCGGCCCCACCACCGACCACUAAUCCUGCUCUUGGUGGAGGGGAAGAAGUGCGACUUUGCAAUCCAUGCGUACCAGACCCCAACCCCAACCCCCUUGGUUAUAGUGAGAUGCGAACUCACGGCCACCGAUCCACCCACUCGCUGUCCUCCACAAUUGCCAACUCCUCUGGCUUAUUCGCCCAGCGCCAGCAUCCAGAGGCACGUCAGGAACGACGGACUGUUGGCGCAAAUGAUCGACCACAAUUCCUCCAGGACCUGAGCUCUCAAUCAUGUGCAGUGCCUCCGGGUGCCGGCAUUCGACAACACCGUGUGAUAUCCAAUCGGGAUGGCCGCCCCGUAGAGGAGGGUGACUUUUGCCCCGUCUGCCGGCGCCGAUUUCCCCCUCUAAGCCCCGACCAUCCGAUCGAGGCUCGCCAGGCUCACACUCGGGACUGCAUUGAAAGCUAUUUGAGACCACUUCCACCCCGACCAUCAUCCACAAGCACACGGCAGGCGCCUCCACUUCCCCCACCCCCACCCUCCGCUCGCAUGCUCCCUUUCGUGGCCACGGAGAAAGACUGCCUGGGCGAAGACGGGCAACCAGCAGAGUGCACGAUCUGCAUGGAGGACUACGAGGUUGGGCAGACCCUGGCUCGCCUCGAGUGCCUCUGCAAGUUCCACAAACACUGUAUUGUGGACUGGUUCGAAAGGAAGACCGAGUGCCCGUGGGGUGUUACUCGAAUCGGUACCAACCGAUCAGUCUCGCCCUAUAUGGACAUCGAUCCUCAGUUGCACCGCGACGGGGACACCCAACGGCCUCCAUACAUGCCGACCCGACCGACUCCCAUAAGCCCGGAAUACCCGGAGCCACCAACCCACCAUCCGCUCGACCCGUAUGCAAGGCAUCAUUCCGCGGAGGGAAUACAGGCCCAAGCGGGGCCAUUGAUGGGUGUUGAGCGCGGCGACCCAUCCCCCGAUGCCGAACAUGAAGCUAAACGAUCCCGCGCAUGCGAACCCUGCCGACAGCUCAAAGUCCGCUGUGACCCUGACCCUGAUCACCCGGAGGGCUCGUGUAAGCGAUGUGCCAAGGCACGCCGUACAUGUAUUGUCACAGCGCCGACGCGCAAGCGCCAGAAAAAGACGGACAACCGAGUUGCGGAGCUGGAACGCAAGAUAGAUGCGUUGACGGCUACAUUGCAAGCUUCACAUUCUACCAGUCCGUUAUUUUCCGGGCCUUCCCCGCGCGAAGAGCCUGUGCGGGCAUGGAGUAGUGAAUCGAAGAUCGCUGGCAACAAGAGACAAGCCAGCGGCGCGAUUAAGAAGCCAAGUGAGAUGCUGGCGCCGCGGUAUUCUCGCCCUGGCAGUCCAUCCGCAGAGCAAAUUCCUACGGCCUCAAAGCAAUGGCUUAGGCCUGUUGCCGAUGGGCCUACGAAUAGCUCAGGUCCAUCGGCGAAGCCAGUCGCUAACAAUGAGUUUACCGACAUGAUAGACCGGGAUAUCAUCGAUUACAACACUGCCAACUUAGCCUUUGAUCGGUACAUCUACCAAAUGGCUCCUGAAAUGCCGUUCGUCGUCUUCCCACCGGGCACGACAAUGGGUGAAGUUCGGCGCAACAAACCCUUCUUGUUUUUGGCCGUUAUUGCUGUUUCAGUCAGUGUAUUCAACCCCGAAGCACAGCCCAUCCUGGUCAACGAGCUCUACCAAUUAAUAGCCGAGAAGGUCAUUGUCAAAGGCCACAAAUCAUUGGAACUAGUGCAGACCAUCAUGGUCUGUGCAAUCUGGUACAUGCCACCAGACAGUUUCGAGGAGCUCAAGUUUUACUCAUUGACGCAUAUGGCGGCAGUAUUGGCCAUGGAGCUAGGACUCAACCGUCGUCCAUCCGAAAAUAAACGAACUCUCAAUAUGAUCCGUGAGUUGAUCAUCAAGAAACCUAGUGGACCUGCGUUCGAUCCGGAAGGGCCCGAGGCAAGACGAACUUGGGUUGGAUGCUAUUUUUUGGCAGCUCAGAUGGCAGCAGCUCUCAGACGAGUGCAUUUGAUUACCUGGCAGCCAUAUAUGGACGAAUGCCUUGAGAUUCUGGCCACACACCCUGAUGCUCUCCCUUCGGACCGUAAACUGAAGUGGUGGGCAAAGCUCGGACUGAUAAUGGAAGAUGCUGGGAAGCACUUUGCUGCCGAGGAUGCUGGUUCGGUUGCUACAUUCGCAAGUAGCAAGGUAUACUAUGAUAUGAAGAUGUUCGAAGACCGGAUUGCAAAAUGGAGAACAGAUAUCCCACAGGAUAUUUACACCGCCCCAAUGAUCCAAACUGAACAUGUUUUGAAUCUGUUUAUCCAUGAAUCUUCCUUCAGUGUGAAUUUCAACACCGGCGAUGACUCGCUAUCACGCGAAAAUAUUCAGAGCGCGUCUAUUGCGGCGAUCAAUGAUGCUCUGAACAUAGCUGUCCGUUGCAUACACCAAAGCAUCGAUGUAAUUUGCACCAUUGAGAUUGAACGGCUCAUAUCCCUGCCGACUACAUGUUUAGCUCGAACCCCGUACCCUGUUGUGUGCUUGAUCAAGAUGUACUCGCUGUUCAUGACACCUGACAGCCGUAUAGGUCAGAUUCUCGACGUGCAGACCCUCAAGCUUGACUACUAUCUGGACAAAGUGAUUGCGCACUAUCGCUCCGCCGCUGGGCGGAAGGGUGGCCGUGCAGCGGCGAAGUUCGGCAAUAUCAUGGUUAUGCUGCGCAAUUGGUUCAUCAAAAAGCGAGACCAGGGAGACCAAGGCCAAGAACUUAAAGAGGCCUUCUCGAUCCGUAAAGCGUCAGAUCACCAACCGAGCACCUCACGACAGGAAACUCCCGCCGCAUCUGCAAACCCACCAACGCAAAUAUCACAGUGUAUGACGCCGCUUCAUUUCCUCAGCGAGGUAGCCAUGGGUGAACCAGGUUCUCGAGCGGGUAACCCUAUCGCUGCCCGUCAGGUCUCUGGGCAGGGAUAUCCAGCAACGCUAAGCCCAGGCUCGUCGACCUAUGGUGAUCCCUCGUUGUCUAGUCUGUCAUCAACAAAGCCAAAUCCUCAAAACAGCUGGCCCUCUGGCCCGUCAUACCCAAACACACUUUCUGGCCCCGAUCCAUCCCAGGGAGACUCAAGGGGCUACUAUCAGCCCUUCACGGAUCCCCCGCAAAGCUACCCAGAUAUCAAUUCCAUGGCAGCGCCAACGCAGUCAGGAUACCCUGACAUCCCCGGCGGGAAUGGAUUGCAACUCGCACCGCCAAUGGGGAUGACGCCCGGCGUGGGUACUGAUUAUAGCGUUGCGGACCCCUGGUUCACUCUGGGGAGCAUGGCUGACGAGGGACUCUUUACAUUUCCCCUCUCAUUUGACCCGAACUUUGGAUUGUUUUGA